AUGUCCCACCAACAGGGAGCAUCGUAUGCCGACCCAUACAAUAGCCAGUCGGGAUAUCAUAACAACGAGUACGAUGACGGUCAGCAGCCUCCUCCUUUUCAAAACCAAGGGUACAACUACAACGGCGAGUCAAACCCAUAUGGUGAAGAACUCCGCUAUCCUUCGUAUCCAGCAGAUCCCUCCACAGGCGACUAUAACAACAAUGCCAGUACCGAGAAGAUCGCUGAAGACAGUCAAUUCGAGAACACGCAGCGUCAACAACCAGGUAGAUCAGGGCUGAGACAGCCUCCUCGUUCCAUCGCUGAAAUGGGGCCGCCUCCGAGGAGCACAGGUAUUCUCAGGAUGUGGAGGAAAGAUGAAAGGGGUAAACAAUGGUCGAGGUACGUUCGUCCACCGAGCUUCGCGCUCAACAGCGUCAACGUUGGGACCUCCCCCGUAUCGUUGACAAGUGGUGGGCUCACGCUGAGCUUUGAUCUAAGUAUCAGCGUUGCGAACCCUAACUGGUUCAGUGCCGAUUUCAAGCAAAUCACAGCUACAGCAAGGUAUCCUGGAAAUAAUACCAAUACCUUUGGAGGUGGAACCUUAUACAACGUUGACUUUGAAGGGUAUAAGAAGUCCACGUUCGAUUUCCCCUUCAGUCUGAAAUCCCAAUCAAGCAAAUGUGGUAUCUCAGGAGGAGCUGUGAGCGAUAUUACGGUGGAUUAUGAUCUUUACCUCAAGCUUAAGAUACUCGGUGUCACUGUAAGCCCGACUAUCAGUAACAGCGCCAGCUUUGAAUGUCCUAUCACUGCAUCUGACAUCGAGUCAAUCAUUGGAAGCGAUACCUUGUCAGGAUUGACCGGCAGUUGA